UACAAUUAAAGAAAAGGUUAAAAAGAAAGUAAUGGGUGAACAUAAAAAAAAAGAAAUAAAUAAAAAUACGAAUGAAAUUACACAAAAUUACACAACUUCAAAAAAUAUUAUACAUAUAGGUGAAAUAUUAGCUGAAAUACAUGUUGAAUACGAACUUCUUCCAAGUUAUAACUUUAAAUUUGAUUGUCGUUGUUGGGAAACGGCCUCAAAGAUUUAUACUGAGAAUAAUGAUUUAUGUUUAAGACCAAUACCAUGUCCAAUAAAAAAAGAUACAUAUUGGGUCAUAUUUUCUAUUCAUCAUUUAGUUCAUUUAAAUGAAGUACAAUUAAGAAAAUAUUUUAACUAUGUAAUCAUUUAUCAUAUAUUUUAUGGAAGACAAAAAUUUUCAGAAAGAGCUAAAAAAGAUAAAGUAAAAGGAUUUUAUAUAAAUGAUAAAUCUAUUGAUAUAGGACAAGAACAUUUUCUUCAAAUAUAUCCUCUUGAUUUCUAUAAUUCUAAUUCUAUUGCAUCUUCAACAUUAACAAUCCCAGAACCUACAAUAAUUAUAGACGAAGUUUACGGUGAUUUUAGCAUCGUCACAUAUCUUGAUGUGAUACCAGGUUAGAAAAAUGAUUUUUAUAUAAAUUUAUUCAAAUAAAGAAAUGAUAAUUUAUAAAGCAAUGUAUGAAUAAA